AUGCCAUGCCGAUUUGACGGCACAGUAAAGUCAAUGCAGACAAUCACGUUCUUGAGCAUCGUGGAUCAAGGAACAGACUCGAGGGAGAGGAGAGAAGAGAAGCAACAGAGCAAAGUCUCAGGAUCUUGUCCCCCCGGAAACAAUUUUAAUGGUGCAAGGGAACUUCGUCAGGAGCUCAAAGCGAUCCGUGAUUGUAGCUAG